AGAAGGAAGAGAACUCCAUUCCUCCCUCCCCUCCCUCCUCUCUCUCUCUCUCUCUUUCUCCGUCUCUCGCUCUGGAUCGAACUCGAAUUCGAAUUCUCGCAUUCGCAAUCCUUUCGAGACGAAAUCGACGAACGGGGGAAUUUUCCAGAAUCGUCGCCGCCGCCGCGUCUUCUGAAUUCCUGUAAUUGGGAAGCUGAGAAACGGGCGGAAGAAACUCGAAUUUCAGAAGAACCUGCAAUCCAAAAAUUCUUUUUUUUUUUUUGGGUAGGCGUGGAGGCCUUCCGGUCGCUAUUUUGUUGAUUCCGUCCAUUACGUCGCUUUCCUAGGGUUUCUCCCCCGAGAAUUCGCCUUUCGGCGUGGAAUAUUCCUUUUUGGACUCGUCGUUUUGUUGGCCUGCGCCGCCGAAUUGAGCUCCGCCGCAGCUGGAUUGGGGCGGGUUCGUUUUCGAUCGAUUGGCUUCUCUAGGGUUCCCGUGGGAUCUGUUCGGGGGCGUCGGUAUGAAUUCCUCGGCGACGUGCUGACGGUGGCCGGAAGAAGGCGAGGAGGGAAAAUAAUUGUCGAGGCUAGUCAAAUCGCCUCGGGGGGGUGGUCAUGGAUUGCACGGUGUGCGUGCCGCCGAUGACGGAGAAUCUCCUGUCGAGGAAAAUCGGGGAGCGCGGAGGAGGUUUCAGCCACGAGAGCGAGCACGACCUGGCGGUGAUGGUGAGCGAGUUCCUGGAGAACGGAGGGAGCGGCGGGGCCGAGUCGUGGUGCAGCAGCGACAGCGACUCGGGGCUAAGCGAUCUCGCGCAGCUCGCUGAGAACAUCACGUUUUCUAAGCGCAACUUGGAUCAGUAUGAGAGUGACUUGCAAUCAGUGGUCCAUUCUCUUGUGCUUUCCAUCAACGAGAGAGACCUUCAGUUUGUCAAGUCAGGAUCGUGUAAUGCCAGCUGCAUUAGAUUUUCUCUGGUUCAGCUUUUGAGACAAUCGGGAUAUGAUGCAGCAGUUUGUUCAUCAAGAUGGCAGGGUGGCAGCAAGGUCCCUGGAGGGGAUCAUGAAUAUGUCGACGUGGUUAAUCAUACCGGCUCUGGAAACUCUGAUCGGUUGAUCAUAGACAUCGACUUUCGGAGCCACUUUGAGAUUGCUAGAGCUGUUGAGUCGUACGACAGAAUACUGAAGUUACUUCCAGUGAUCUAUGUGGGCUCCUUGAGCAGGCUCAGUCAGUUCCUCAAAGUAAUGGCUGAAGCCGGUAAGUUUUCGCUUAAACAGAACUCGAUGCCGCUCCCUCCGUGGAGGUCUUUCAAAUAUUUACAAGCAAAGUGGUACUCGCCCUACCAGAGACAGCCCGAUGCCGAGAAGCAGAGUGGUGUCAGAAGGAGCUCCUCGGAGCACGAGCAGUGCAGCGGGCAUCUAAAGAGGCUGCAGUCUGCGCUAAGGUCUGAAAUGGAAGCAGACCAGCUGUUGAAGCCCAAGAAUGGCGACAGCAAGAGCCGGAGGCUGAAGGUCGACCGGCGGAGGCACUCCCUGUUCAGGAAGGACUCUUUGAGGGCCUGACCAGGGAGGGACUUGUGUGCGGUUUUUUUUUUUUUUUUUAAUACACGAGAGAGGAAAAUAUAUUGCGGCUUUUCCAUCAAUUUUUUUCCCCAUAUAGUGAAAUUAAGUGUGGACCAAAAUGUCAAAAUGGUUCAUACAAAAUGCAGGCGUCAUUAGGGUUUUACCAUGAUAUAGAGAGAGAGAGAGAGAGACUCCUUUUCAUUUUGAAGUGGGCGGCAUAGUGCAAUUUUCUUACGGUGGAGGGAACAGCAGAGCUCGGGUUGGAGUUCAAGGUUCUCUCAGGUGUUAUGUCACCUUUUUGUUUUGUCUUUGUUUUUUCGGUUUAAGUUUUUGUAAUCCUUGCCUCUCUAUUUUGUGGGCGUGGCAGGAAUCUUACUUGCUUUUACAUCCUAUAUUUGUGACAAUUUAUUUUUUCUCCAUUAAUUUAAAAAAAAGAUUAGCGCGGUA